UCCUCCUCCCGCCUCGGCUGCGCGCGCACCCGCAGCGCCCCGCACAGCCCCGCAGCGCCCCGCGCAGCCCCGCACCCCCCCCGCACCCCCGAGAUGCCCCGCUACGAGCUGGCGCUGAUCCUCAAAGCCACGCAGCGGCCAGAGACGGCCGCAAUACUGAAGCGCACGAUCAAUGCCCUGAUGGAGCGGGGAGCGAUCGUGAGGAACUUGGAAAACCUGGGGGAGAGGAAUCUGCCAUACAAGAUCUCCAUCCAUAGUCAGCGUCAUGUCCGAGGCGGAUAUUUCUUGGUGGAUUUUUACGCCCCGACCACCACGGUGGAGAGUAUAAUGGAGCACCUGUCGCGCGACAUUGAUGUGAUCAGGCCCAGUAUCUUGAAGCACCCCCAGGCCCAGCCGGUCAAAGAGUGUGAGGGCAUGGUUCCCGUCCCGUUGGAAGACAAAUUGUAUAACAGGAGGAAGUGACUCCAGGGUUGGGGAGGGAGGGGGGCGACCGUUGGGUAGAGCGGGAUCUGUCACCCUGUGGGUUUCUGGGACUUGGCUGAAAGUCUCGGGACCGAAGCUCAUCCGUCACCCCCACCCCUUCCUCCCGCCCCGGCCUGGCACCCGAAACUUCUCCUUCUGUGUGUCCCCUGGUGUUUUGGGGGGGCAGUUAUAAGAACCUCCCCUUUGGAGAGCACACCCCUCGCAGGAGCUCUGUCAACACCCCUCGUGCAGCAGGGGGCCAGAGAUGGAACCGUGUAUGUGCGCUGGCGGGCCCCGGAAUAAAGUCGAUUGAAAUUCUA